UUAAACGUACCAUGGACCCGAAGCCAUGAGUUCAAUCUCUUUACAUUCAUUUUUACACUAAAUAGAGAAUACACUUCUCGAUAUUGAACAAAGUCGAUCAAUCGAAUAUUAAUUUCAAUUUGCAUCGUGAAUGGAUAGUAGAAAGUGUUGAAAUAAUUUGAAGAAUUGGUGAUGUAUACUAUAACCUAACUGAAAAUAAAAACUGCGAACGUUAGGACUUUAAAAACGUGUCGUUUAAUUUAAAAACAAUAGUCUAAAUAUGGAUCUUAAGAAUUUGAGAAAUUUGAAGGAUUUUCUACUUCUGUAUAACCAAAUAUCUGAAAGGUGUUUCAAACGAUGUAUGAAUACAUUUCUUUCGGGAGACGUUUCUAUCGACGAGGAUGUAUGUAUAAAAAAAUGUUUGGAAAAACACAUUAAUGGAAAUUAUAAAAUGAUGUCUGUAUUUAUGGAAGUUGAACCUGUUUUUACAAAGAAGAAGAUAGAAGAAGUUCAAAAAGCUCAGGCAGCUUUAGAAGCACAAAGGGAAAACAAUGUUCCUGAGAAUGUUACAUAAUUGAUAUUAUGCAAAUUAACCAAAUUUUCCAUUGUGUAUUUUAUAGGAUUAAUCAACCUUAAAAUAGUUUCCCAAAUUGACAAAUAUUUUAUAUGUACAUUUCACAUUGUAUAAAUAGUACUUAUUAGCCAUUAUUACUUGUAUUAAUACAUCAUAAGAUCAUUUUAA